UCACUUUUUAAAAUAAGUUUUAGUUAAAUAUAUUUAAUCGCCACAAAUAAUUAUGAAAAGCGAACUAGUUUUUAUUUUAUUGGGAUUUGUACUCCUAUUAAAUACAGGAGAGGGAAGCGAAGUUUUAGGAGGUUUCAGUAAUUUUGGAAUUAUUGGUGGCGAAGAUGCAGCACCAGGCCAAUUUCCCUACCAGGUAUCGAUAAAACUGUGUCGUUCAAUAUUUUGGCAGGAAAUAUGUGAUCACUUUUGUGGAGGAUCAAUUAUUGCGCCCAAUUGGAUUUUAACAGCUGGUCACUGUUUCGAUUAUGGCAUAAAAACCAAAAUAUAUGCAGGAAUUUUGAAUAUUUCCGAAGAUAGUGAUUUUAGACAAAUUAUUGAAGUUAACCAAACUUUUGUACAUGAAGAAUAUAGAGGAAAUGCAAAUCCAAAUGAUAUUAGAUUAUACCAACUAAAAGCGCCAUUGGUAUAUACUGAACGUGUUCAACCAAUAGCUCUUCCUCUUCAAGAUAGUGACUAUACUGGUGAAGUAAUAUCAUCGGGAUGGGGGUAUACAACUGCAGGUUUAUUUCCGCACCUUCCUGAGACCCUUCAGUUUCAAAUAUCUAACAUGCCAGAUCGAGAAACUUGUCUGGAACUAUGCAAUGGAAUUUCCAAAAACCCUUUUAACGUUACCACAAAUGUUUGUACCGAAAACCCCGGAAAAGACCGUGGUACAUGUUUUGGCGAUUCUGGAGGCCCUCUUGUACAAAAUGCUACCUUGGUCGGUCUUACUUCAUGGGGAUUUGAACCUUGUGGAAAAAAGGAUGCUCCAUCUGCUUAUACUCGAGUCAGCCAUUACAUUGAUUGGAUCAAAGAACGUGUACCAGAGUUAUCGUAAAAUAUGCAACAAUUAAAAUAUUUUUAUUUAACAAAAAAUUAUAAUAUUUAUUUUUUACUGAAUAAUAGUAUAUUAUUAAACGAGCAAUUUAUGGUAGCCAUUAUUCACGCAGGGUGACGUUUGCGUCCCGAGCCGUAGGCGAGGGGCGCAAGUCACCCGAGUGAAUAAUGGCCAUAAAUUGCGAGUCUAAUACUAUACUUUGUCCACGACCAUUAUGGUUUCUUUAUUAAAUAAAAGUUAAGUGUAGAAUG